AAGUAUGUUUAUCCCAUCCAGCAGCUAUGGAGCUAGCACUAGGGAUUAUUAGCAGCCCAUCCGCGGCAGCUAUGGCGUCUCGCGCUAUCGUCUCCAGCUUCACUCGCCUUGGAUCCAUCCCGCUCGGCCGUCUCUCGUCGAGAUCAGGUCGAGGAGGCGCGAUCCGGAGCUUUGCCGUAGCUGCGGCGGAAGCACCCGUGAAGCCAUCGUACGAAGUCCAGCAUUCUAAACUCUUUAUCGAUGGGGAGUUUGUGGACGCUGCCUCUGGCGAGACAUUCCCGACUGUGGAUCCUCGAACCGAGGAAGUCCUUGCCGAUGUUGCCAAGGCGGACGUGGAAGAUAUCAAUCGGGCUGUGAAAGCCGCUCGCAAGGCUUUUGAUCACGGUCCCUGGCCAAGAAUGACGGCUUAUGAAAGAUCGAAGAUCUUGCUGAAGUAUGCCGACCUCCUUGAGAAGCACAACGAUGAGCUGGCAACGCUGGAUUCUUUGGACAGUGGAAAGCUUUACUCGCAGUCGCAAGGAGUUGAGAUUCCUCACUUUGUGACGAGGCUCUUUCGCUACUAUGCAGGAUGGGCGGAUAAAAUCCAUGGUAAAACACUGCCGGCUGACGGACCACAUCAGGUGCUUACAUUUCACGAGCCAAUUGGUGUAGUCGGCCAGAUCAUUCCGUGGAACUUUCCCAUGGUGAUGUUUGCCUGGAAAGUGGCUCCUGCUCUCGCCUGUGGUAAUACCAUCGUCCUCAAGACCGCCGAACAGACACCGCUCUCGGCCUGUCUCGCAGCAAAACUUGCAGUCGAGGCUGGCUUACCACCGGGAGUUCUUAACGUCGUUUCGGGCUUUGGGGAAACUGCAGGUGCCGCAAUCUCGAGCCACAUGGACAUAGACAAGGUUGCUUUCACUGGUUCUACUGAGACCGGCAAGCUCGUAAUGCAAGCAGCCGCUAGAAGCAACUUGAAGCCAGUUACUUUGGAAUUGGGCGGAAAGUCUCCUUUCAUCAUCAUGCCGGAUGCGGAUAUUGACCAAGCUGUGGAGCUCUCUCACUUUGCUUUGUUCUUCAACCAGGGACAAUGCUGCUGUGCGGGAUCAAGAACGUUCGUUCACGAGAGCAUUUAUGACGAGUACAUUGAGAAGGCGAAAGCUCGUGCAUUGAAGCGCGUUGUUGGCGAUCCGUUCAAGAGCGGGGUGGAGCAAGGGCCUCAGGUUGACAAAGCUCAGUUUGAGAAGAUCCUGAGCUACAUUGACGUAGGAAGACAUGAGGGAGCAAAUCUGGUCACUGGCGGCACUCGUAUCGGAAACAAAGGAUACUACAUCCAGCCAACAAUCUUCAGUGAUGUGAAGGACGACAUGGCGAUAUCGAGAGACGAGAUCUUUGGCCCCGUCCAGGCCGUGACAAAGUUCAGGACCGUGCAAGAAGCCAUCGAGAGAGCGAACAACACGACGUAUGGCUUAGCCGCGGGAGUGUUCACAAAGGACAUCGACACGGCCAACACGUUCAGCCGUGCACUGCGAGUGGGAUCCGUGUGGAUCAAUUGCUACGACGUGUUUGAUGCGGCGAUUCCCUUUGGCGGCUAUAAGAUGAGCGGGCAAGGACGAGAGAAGGGCGAGUACGUGCUGCACAACUACACGCAAGUCAAGGCAGUGGUAACGCCGCUCAGGAAUCCCGCGUGGCUCUGAAGCUUUCGUCGUUCGAAAUAUCGAUUACUAGAACAAGAAAUAUUCGGAGUAGUUAGUUUAAUUUAGAAAUAACACUCUUAAUAUAAUCAAGGAAUAAUAUACUUAAAAACAAUAUAAAUGAAUUUUUAAAUGGGAUAA